UACAGCCGCCACUGGCCACACAUUUUACGCUCUCGGUCUUUUGGUGUUUUGGAAACUAUUGUAUUUUCGGAACUUUUUCUUGGGGGCUGAACGCUUGAAUGGAAUGAAUGAAGGGUUGAAUUGUUAUUCUUUUUGCUGAAUGUUGAUUGCAUUUUUUUAUUUUUGGUUUUAUACACUUUGAUUGAAAGUUCAACCCAUCAUUUCACGUCCUGGAAGCACGGAGAGAGACUCGGAUUGAAAGGAGUGAGGAUGUGGUGCCAUGGUGAUGGAAGGGAGUGAAGCUUGUGCAACAGCACACGUGGAGUUGGAGAAAGGAAGCAGCAGCACGUAGGUGUCAUGGUAGUAGGGGUCAUGGCUGCUGGAAGAAAAGAGAAUGGUUUUUGAUUUAUGCAAUGAGAAGCUGAUUUGAGAGCUGCUGCACGGAGAAUGGUUCACGGAAUGUGAGUUGGAAGCACAUUUAAUUUUCAUUAUCUUUGCUGGAAGAAGGAGCUCGUUGAUUUGAUGGGAGUAGGUAGUGAGAGCACAUUGAUUUAUUGGAAGCACAUGAGGGUCCAGCAGCUGUCACGGACAGGGAAACACUUGGCUGGGAGAAGCACAUUUAAUUCCUUUUAGGCAAAAUGCAUUUUAUUUUAUUGAAGCAAGCACACAAGUGUCACGGCCUGGUAUAGAUUAGCUCAUGCUUUCAUUUACCUUUGGGAGCUUAUUCAUUUUGUGGAAAGGAGAUGGCACAUGGUCACGGGUAGCAUAAAGUAGGAAGUUGGUGUGCGCGCAUAAAGAAGCAUUGUUGAGGAGAUGUUUAUUUUUUUGUAGCUGCGUGUGGGAGAUCUAGAGGAGAAUGGUGUGACACUUUGGAAGAAAGCCCGAGACAGAGUUUGAGAAAUGAAGAAGUAGAUUAGGUAGGAGUAGGUGUGUGGUGUCAAGGCAUGAAAGGUGUCACGGUUUUGUUGGCUUUUAAGAAGCACAACACGCAGGGCUUCACACAGGGACCAGCUGCCACGUCCUUAAUGGAGAGUGCCAAGAGGUUUAAGUUUUCUUUACUUAUUCAAGCAAGCAUUUAAUGUUAAAUCUCUUUAAGCAUUCAUUUAAGUUGCCCGCCAUUCUCAGUUUGCAUUUAAAUUGUUUAACUCAAUGUUGCGCUUUUAAUUUGGUUAAAGCACUUUUCAUUUUGAUGUUCUCUAUUUUUCGUGGUUGUGAUAUUUUAGUUUUGAUGUUAGCUUAAGUGACCAAUCAUUUUAAUUUUGUGUUUAUAUCUGUGUUUACAUCCGUGUUUAUGUUCGUGUUUUAAUUUAGUUCACUCGUAUUCACAAAAUCUUCACAAAUCCCCCCCUACGUGUUUGACCUGAGACUCGAGCCACAUUUGGUCCUUGAGAGACGACCUAGGAGUCACUUCCUAGUUUAUACUGCAUUCUUAAUUGCACAACAAAUUUGAUGGGCCGCGACAGCACGCAUCAGGCCUGCAAAGACAAAUUUCUAUCAUGCAGGCCAAUUAUUAGUUUAGAUGAAGCAUUUUUGAAAGGUAAGUAUGGUGGUGAGUUGUUAACAACUGUGGGCCGAGAUGGAAAUGAGCAGGUGUUGCCUAUUGCGUACUGUGUUGUUGAAGUUGAGAACAAGGAUUCAUGGAGGUGGUUCUUGGAACUAUUGGUAGAUGACCUUGGAGGGGCUGAAUUAUGUUCUUCAUUUACCUUUAUAUCAGACCAGCAAAAGGGUCUACUUCCAGCAAUACAAGAAUUGCUUCCUGGAGUUGAGCAAAGGUUUUAUGUGAGGCAUUUGUAUGCCAACUUCAGGAAGAAAUUCUCUGGCAAGAUUUGUACAUGUACUUUUAAUGAUAUAUUUGCCCAACCAUGCUUGUGCUUAUCAGUUCACUGUGAAAUCACGUCAUAUGCUUGUGCUUAUCAAUUCACAGUUCUUUACGAAUAAUAUUUUGGCCAAAACUUACAAACAAUACUUUGAAUUACUUCCUUACCAAAACUUACAAACAAUAAUCUUCCAUGUAGGAAAAACAUGGAAGAUUAUGCUUUUGUCAUCAAAUUAGUGUUAUCCUGCUUCUGCUUUUGAAAACACAUGGAAAAUUCUGGUUUAAUGGUUAUUUUGGUGUGUUUGAUAUAUUUGCCCAACCAGUGUUUUGAGGGCUAAUAUUUACAUUAUUGUUUAAUGCUUUAUCAAGUUUAUGUAAUUUAUACAUGUACUUUUAAUGAUAUAUUUGCCCAACCAUGCUUGUGCUUAUUAGUUCACUAUGAAAUCACGUCAUAUGCUUGUGCUUAUCAGUUCACAGUUCUUUACGAAUAGUAUUUUGGCCAAAACUUACAAACAAUACUUUGAAUUACUUCCUUACCAAAAGUUACAAACAAUUCA